AUGAAUCAUCAGCAAUCGUUACGGCUUGAAAGCAAGCUCUACGCAACUCUACGGACAAAAAUGGAUCAGAUGCAGCAACUUGGAAUGAGUUGGAUCGAGGUUCAAUUCCUUCUACAGUCGGUGGAUGUGCUUUCUGAUUGCCGCCGAACUCUGAUGUACACUUAUGCGUUUGCUUUCUAUUUGGUCAAGGACGACAAUCAAUCGAUUAUUUUUGAGGACAACCAAAGGGACCUCGAAAUGGCCACCGAGCAACUAUCGGAAUUCUUGGAAGGAGAAGUUGCGUUUGAGAACUUGGUGGAGGACCUGGCUCUUAGCCUAAACUCAAAAAUUCUCUAUAAAACCAAAGACAAUAGUUUAGCAAAACAGAAACAC